AGUUGAGACCAAGCUGAAGAAGAAAAACGAUAAAUCAUGACCUUCUUAUAAUUUAUCAUUUGAUUAAUUGAUUUAUUAAGCAGAGCCAUGAGCCACGAGUUUUUCCAAUCAGAUUUAAGCAGGAGAAGAUGAACUCUAACUUUGCACAAAAAUGAAAAUGAAAUUAGUGAAAGGUGACAAACAAAACAAGCAGAAAUUGUGCUUCUCUAGUUUUUAGAGUAUUUGUAACCUGAUCUGAACUCUGGUUGAAACUUUGAGAAAUCUAAAUAGUUCAUAAAACAAGAGACUGCGACCUGACUCUGAUGACAUCGAGCGUUUGGAGCGGCUGUGUUUUACCUCCCCAGAAGCACACACACAUGGACACGCACGAACACACGUGAACACACAUGUGACGGUUCUCGUGGCGGCACGGAGACGCCGCGGUGCUCACUGGGUCAGAAGCAAUAAUCGUAGAGUGGUGCUGAGGAGAGAGACGAGCGCAAACUGUGAUUGGCUCUUCACCCCCUCCUUCCCAACUCCUCUUCAUCUCCCCAUGCUCCCUCGCUCCGCGUCUUUCCUCACAAAGCCCCUCACAUUAUGUGCCAAGUGAGCGCGCCGUUCCAUACAAUACCUCCUGAGGCAUGAUGGGAGAGGUUUCUAUAUAAAGACGGAUAAAGCGAGGAGUGGGGGGGCGAACGGACAGUCGGUGAGGUCACACUCCGGGAUGAAUCGCCGUGGUUUAGUACCGGCUGGAGUGCCAAGCUGAAGUUCAGAAACAAGAUUAAUUCGGAUGCUGUCGCCAAUGGUGAUGGAGGAAGGGGACGAGGUUUUGCAGGUGCUGGAGGUUGGAGAGGCAGUAGAGGAAGUAAAGGAGGUGAUCAUCAGCACCAUAGAAGAAGAAAUCCGCAGGAGUUCACCUCUAAACUCUAAAACGAGCCAGGAUGACAACUGGGGGGAGACCACCACCGCCAUCACCGGCACCUCGGAGCACAGCCUCUCCCAGGAGGACAUCGUCCGCAUCACCAAAGACCUGGAGGACAGCGUGGGGCUGGACUGCCGCCGCUACGUCGCCCGCUACGUCGCCCGCUCCAUCGCCGUGAUCCUGGGCCUGCUGGUGUUCUUCACGCCGCUCGCCUUCCUCGUGUUGCCUCACAUCCUCUGGCCGGAGAAGCUGCAGAGCUGCGAGACGGCCUGCGAGGGGCUCUUAAUCUCCGUGGCCUUCAAGCUGCUCAUCCUCCUGCUGGCGGUCUGGGCGCUCUUCUUCCGGCCGGCGCGGGCAGGCCUCCCGCGCGCUUUUGUCUUCAGAAUCCUGCUGGCGGUGCUGGUGCUCCUCUUUGUCAUCUCCUACUGGCUCUUCUACAGUGUCCGGAUACUCGACUCACAAGACAUGAACUACCAGGGCAUUGUGCAGUACGCGGUCUCCCUGGUGGACGCUCUGCUCUUCAUCCACUACCUGGCCGUCGUCCUGCUGGAGCUCCGGCAGCUCCAGCCAUGUUUCUCCGUCUGCGUCACGCGCGCCACAGACGGCGAGACGCGGCACUACAACCUCGGACAGCUCAGUAUUCAGCGGGCCGCCCUGGCCAUCAUAGAGCGCUACUACUGCGACUUCCCCAUCCACAACCCGGCUCUGCUUUCUGCCUCCAAGUCCCGGGCGGCCAAGCACCUGGCCGGCCUCAAGGUCUACAACGUGGACGGUCCGGGGAACAACGCCUCAGCGGGAAUGGCCCAGUCCCAGUCCAGAGCCAUGAUCGCAGCUGCAGCCCGGCGCCGCGACACCAGCCACAACGAGCUCUACUAUGAGGAGGCCGAGCACGAGAGGCGCGUCCGCAAACGCAGGGCGCGACUGGUGGUGGCAGUGGAGGAGGCCUUCACCCACAUCAAGCGCAUGCAGGAGGAGGAGCCGAAGAAGGCCCCGGGGGACGUGAUGGACCCCCGAGAGGCGGCUCAAGCCAUCUUCCCCUCCAUGGCGCGCGCCUUGCAGAAAUACCUGAGGACCACCAAGCAGCAGCACUGCCACAGCAUGGAGAGCAUCCAGCAGCACCUGGCCUUCUGCAUCACCAACAACCUGACGCCCAAGGCUUUUCUGGAGAGCUACCUGUCGCCGGGGCCCACCCUGCAGUACGGUAAGGACCACUGGCUGGGCCGCCGCUGGACGCUGAUCAGCGAGGCGUCGGUCACCAGCGGCCUGAAGGACGGAAGCAUCUUCUUGCUCAAGUGUGUGGACUUCAGCCUGGUGGUGACGUCCAAGAAGAUCCCUUACGUCCAGAUGUCGGAGGAAUACAUCGACCCCAAAUCUCACAAGUUUGUCCUGCGACUACAGUCUGAAACCUCGGUGUAGGACACCAGCUAUUUUUCUGUUUUGUUUUUUUAUUCCUCACCAUGUCACAUUGCUUUCAAAUGUUGCUAAUUAGGGUUUGAAGUUUUUUAUAUGUACUUUUCUUUGUUUUUAAUAUAUAUGAAUAUAUAUAUAAAUGAAUUUAUAUAUCA